AUGUGGGGCGUCAAUCAUGACAACUCGUCUCCACAUCACCCGCAAUCGAACGGGCAUGCCAAAACUUGUGUUCAACAAGUAAAACAACUUAUCAUGAAAACUACUACCAACGGUAACCUAGACGAUGAAGACUUCGACCGUGGUCUUUUGGAGAUAUGCAACACGCCCCGUCCAGAUGGCAGGUCUCCAGCACAGAUUCUACUUGGCCGCCCUUUACGGACGGCGAUGCUAGCACACAGUUCGUUUGCUCCCGAGUGGCAAGACGUAGCGGAUGAUUGUGACGGUCGCCAACUCACCCUCAAACAGAAGUCUGAGCAGUAUUACAACCACUCCGUUCGGUCCCUGGCCCCCCUCAGAGUUGGUGCUGCCGUACAUAUCCAGGACCAUGUUUCGAAGCGCUGGGACAAAGUCGGGACUGUAUUCGGUGUUGGUCGCCACAGUGACUACCAUAUGAAACUGCCUAGUGGUCGCUUGUGUUGGCGUAACCGCUUCUUACAGCCACAUCACUCAUCAGCCUAUGAUACCACCAAGUCCAUGGACAUCCCCGAGGCGUCACCAACACCUCAGACGCCGGAGCCGUCAAAGCGUCAAGUUUGCUUUUCCCUGCCACUUGAGGCACCCAGCUGUCAAACCCAUUGCCAUCGCAGAUGUCCUGACCGUCUGGACCUCUAG